GCCACGGGAAAAGGGUGUAACCCAAAAAGUCUGGGAAUUCCUCACAGACUUUUUCUACAUUUAUAUAAAAUUCGCGUUAUACGCUGUAGCUAUUUAUAUCCUGUUUUACUACUAUGAUUACUAUUUCGGAUGAUUUCUAGUGAGCAAAGGAUGUGAAGUGCUAGUGCUAGUGAAGUGACAAACGGAACUUUGACUUUUUCACGUUGGAGAGGCCUAUUGAUCAAGCUGGCACCAUGAAGCGAUCUCGACACAGAUGGCUGGGAUGUAGCAUAUUUUGUAUCACAAUUGCCGUGCUUUCCCUGGAAAUCCCCACCACAUCGGCAGCGAGGGCCACCUCCCUCAUCUUCGCCAAGACCUCGACAACCACAGCAGCGCCCGAGGAACCGAGCGCGCCAGAAGAUGAACAGUUAGAAACAACAGCGGAAGGAGGAGAGAACAACACCACCAGCAAACUCACGGGGAUCCCCCAGAUAGACUAUAUCUACGACCCCAACUUGCCUCGAGAGCUGAAUGGCUACAAUCUCUCCGGCUACCCCUUUUAUGAAGCCGUGCCUCCACCAGAGAUGAUAGACUUCAAGUGUGACGGAUUACAUGAUGGGUUCUACGCGUCAGUCCCUCAUAAGUGUCAAGUAUACCACCACUGCCUGUUCGGCACGCGGUACGACUUUCUCUGCGCGAACUACACGGCGUUCGACCAGAAGACCUUCAUCUGCCAUUUCGUCUCCGAAGUGGACUGCAAGAACUCCCCCAAUUAUUACAACAGGAACGAAGCUCUCUACAAAGCCGCAACGACGACUACCAUCCCUCCCCCCACCACGACGACCACCACUACGACGACCCCCCGCCCGCGCCCGAGGCCCCGCCGGCCUCAUAGAUAUGACUACUAUGAUGAUGAUUACUACUAUCCGGCGAGGGAUGACUACGACUAUGAAGAAAGAGGUGGGAGGCGACCCAGGCCCAGGCCCCGACCCCAAGGCAGACCGGGAGGCAGGAAGCGUAGGCCUGUCGAUGACUACGAGGAUGAUAGAUAUGAACGGCGUCCGCGUCCGAGAGACGAGCAACCUGAAGAUGACUACGAUGACAGGAGACCCUACGACCGACCCAAUAGGCCAGCCAAGAGACCCUACAGCGACAGGCGACCGUAUGAAGACGAAGAAGAUAGACCUGGCUAUAGAGCUGGAAACAGGAGACCUAGACCAAGAGACGAAGAAGAAGAGAGGUACAGAGAAGAUGACAGACCAAGGCAUAAAGAUAGACCAAUUGAAAAACGACCUCGUGAUGAUAUGAGGAAUCGUGAUGAUCCUGGCCAAGAUGAUAUAAGAAAUGAAAGACCUAGAGAUGAAAAACCUAGGGAAGGAUUCAGGCCCCGGGAUGAAGGGAAAGCACGUGAAGAAAUAAAGCCUAGAGAUGAAAUUAGGCCUAGAGAUGAAAUACGGCCUCGUGAUGAGAUUCGGCCACGCGAUGAGAUUAGACCUAGAGAUGAAAAAAGACCACGUGAUGAAAUAAGAUCGCGAGAUGAAAUAAGACCAAGAGAUGCAGGUAGGCAUAGAGAUGAAGUUAAGCCCAAGGAUGAAGUAAAAACGCGUGAUGAAAUAAGGACGCGCGAUGAACGAAGACCAUCAAGGGAUGAAGACAAACCUUCAAGACCUUAUUCUAAUGAAGGACGAAGGUAUAGAGGAGAGAGGGAGAAAGGCAGAGAUGAAAGGCCUUACAAUAAGCCAGAACCGAGACCAGAGAGAAAUUAUGAUGAUGAGAGAGUUCGUGAAGAAAGAAGACAGCCCCCAACCGCUCCUGAAGGUCAAGCGUUAGUGAAACCUAAUGGCCAUGGUAUAUUUAGUCAACCAAGAAUGCCGCCAAAGAUCAAACGGCCGGUUCCUGCCAACGAGAAAGAUAAAUACGAAUAUGUCACAGUAACGACAACAAAAGCGCCGUUAAGAGCUGACGAUGAUGAAUAUUAUGAUGAUUAUGAAGAGGAAGAUAACAGGAGACCAUCGUCAUCUGGAAAGAACAGUCAAAUACAACAAAGGCCAAAAUCAGAACCUGUAGAAAAAGAAAAAUUUAAGCCUUCCAGGCCACAUCAUUCUAGUCCAGCACCUAAAAUUAAGAAAAAUAAAAGACCGAUUGAUUACGAAGAUGAUGAGGACUAUUAUGAGCCGCCUGUAAAAUCACAGAAAUAUACUUAUAACCAAAGGAACAAAGAAACUCCUAAAGUUAAAGUGACUGAUGAGUAUUAUGAUGAUUACGAAGAUAGGCAAGAUAGGCAUAGAGAUCACGUAAAGACAAAAGACGAAGAUAUUACUAGUAGGAUCAAAGAUCUAAAACCUAAUGUAAAAGUACUAAAGCGUCCUUUUUUACCGUCUAGGGGUGGUAGUCCCUACUUGCCUAGGGGCUUGCAACCAGUUGCUGGUAAAGACUUAACUGCGCCCCCGAACACCACCCCUAAACCCACCACCACCACUACUAGCACCACUACUACCACUACUACUACCACUACCACCCCUAAACCUACAACUACCACUACUACUACGACUAGACCCACUACUACGACAACAACAACAACCACUACAAGACCCACCACAACCACAACAGAAGAACCAACAACUACAAUUACAACAGGAAAACCAACUACAACCGAACUGACAAAAGAAGAUUACGAAGACGAUGACGAAGAGUACUAUGAUGAAGAAGAUAUAGAUUAUGACAAAAAAGAAACCACAACAGAAGAACUAACGACGCACCAACCAUCAACAACGCGCAAAACUAAAACAACACACAAACCAAUAACAACACAAAGACCAACUACAACAGCCGCCGCUGAACUGACAACUAAAGACCAAGCUAAAAACUUAGCCGCAAAAGUAUUAAGGAUAUACAACGAUCAAUACCAUGCAAUCAAAGAAAAAUUAGAAACUACUUUGUCGCCUGGAGAUUAUUUAAAACCUUAUUUAGAGGCUGAGCAAGCGGCAGCAGAGGAAGAAAGAAGACAAGAAGAAGCAGAUGAUUACAGUUAUAGACCGACAGAAGCACCAUUCAAACCGUCUCCUCAAUUACCAGAAGUAAAUCCAGAAAUAUCAAAGCCUUACACAGCGACCGGGAAACCUUUAAGAAUACCAGAGAACAUAUCUAUUAAACAGAAUCUAGCUGAUUCUAUCGAAAAUGAUUAUGAUGUAACACUUAACGAGGCUAUAGCGCCUGUCCUUCCAAAUGUAAAUGUUAGAAAUAACGUCCCAAGUGGAUUCAUAGUUCCAGGAGAUAGGGACUACACUUAUUCAAGAUUUAGAAGCAAUUUCCAGCAAGAACCACAGUUCGCAGCUUCAGAAUUAAACAGCUAUCAGAUUCGAAAGAGGCCGCAGAUUUCAGGGGUUAGCAUAAGAACACCGUCAUCGUAUUUUCUACAACCACAGAGAUACCAGGAUGGUAUACAAAGGCCACAACGGCAUCUAGUUUAUGAGCCAAGACCUCAAAGCCAUUCAGGCGUUUACCAGGCGCCCCAGUUUAAACUAUUUUGAGACAGUUUUCAGUUCCAAUGGCAUAAAGUGUAAUUGAUAAUAGCCUCUAAUAUCAAUACGCAGGUAGUUUAAAAUAUGGGUGGAUCAAUUUUUUUGUAUUUACUUACAUAUUCCGUUGUCCAGGGACAACACACACAGUUACACACAGUUUACAGUUUGUUAGAAAAAAAUAUCACGUUCUACUAAAUUAUUAUGCUCAUUACGGAAAUGGCUUGAAACCACAAGAAAUCCUGUUUGGUACAUACAUACCAUAAAAUGAAGAUUUUUAAGAGUUGUCUAGGAAAACGUAACCGUAAAAAGUGACGAAAAAGUUGAUUUAUCUAAUGGCUCAGUUCAUUGGUCGAUAACUUGGUUGAUAUAAAGCGUACAGGGACUCCCCGCAGGCAGUAUAACGACUAGUGAAACUCAUGUCUCGAUAGUUCGGUCGAUAUACAGCAUGCGGGUGACUCCCCGCAGGCGGAAAGGUACUAUAAGGACUAGUGAAACCCAUGCGUUUUGGAAAUCUCCCUCACCCCGCACGCGAGCCCUAUCGACCAAUGAAACUCAGCCAUAAUAUAGUGUUGUGGGUGAAAUUGGAACAUUCAAAUUGUGAUGUGGGGUAACCUUUGAAAGAUUUAACAAAAAAACCUGCGGUUUGUACUAUUUUUUCGCAAAAAUCGUUUAAUACACGCUGCAGGUUUUCGUUUUUGGUCCUUUAGUCAUUUCUAGUUUAUUUAACAUCACUGCCAAUUUUUAUAACAUUUUAAUUUAAAACAUAAGGUGAGCAACUUGUAAAACUUGCAUAUAAUCUUUUUUAGCAAUUGAUCUGAAACAAAAACUUAAGAAGUUGAAGAAGGAAACCUACAUAAAAGAUAACUUUUUAGUUCUUAAAUACUUCUUUUUGUAUUUGCCGAUAUUUUUAAUAUGAUAAUUUACUUCUUCAAACUGAUAUAGAAAUGUACGGUCAAUGAAAUGUUGGUGCAUCUCAAUGUUGACAUUAUAGUGCAAUAAUAAUAGUAUACGUACAGGCGAAGAUAGGCUAUCCACACCUCGGUAUCAAUAUGGUCAAAACUAUAAUAGAUUAGAGACCGGCUGAACUAAAUCUGCAUGACUUCUAAGCCAAAGAAUGUGGUAAUGCCACCAUAAAUGACAAAUAUCAAAAUAGAGUCAGACCAAGAUAAGUUGGCAGCCAUUUUGAUAGCCCAGGCGGUGCAAGUGUCAAGUAAACGUCAUAAUUUCAUGUAAGUUUGACGUUUAAAAUAAUAAGCCGUGCACUGGGCUAUGAAAGUCGCUGUCAACUUAUCUUGGUUUGAUACUAUAAUAUUCAUAGUGGCGCAGCCACACUUUGACGCUACCAAAACGGUGCAAACUUAGCUUAGACGGAUUCUUAAGAUGCAGAUAGUUUAGUUUCCAAGUAGGCAUAUUACAACGCGCUUGUAAACGUCAAAUAAAUAAAGCUACACAUUUUAAGGCACCAGCUGAAAAGAAUGGCGUUUUUUUUUGUAAAUUAGUGUAUUUUAUACAACCAUUAUAAACGGCGAAUUAUACUUUUUCUAAUGUUAGUGAUAGACCAUAUCUUUGUGUAUUAGCUGUACUGAGUGUGUGGACUAAUAAAAACUUGAGUAUUUUUUGAUGUGCGGAGGGAUAGAAAGAUGCAUUAUAGGUCAGAAAAAUGGCCAUUCAGUUCCCUACUGCUAAUAUUUAUAAAUAAAGUAUAAGAUACAUAAUUGUGCAUUAAAAUUAGAGAAUCUCUUUUAAAGGAGGUUUCAUUUCAAUAAAAUGAACUCGUGAUAGGUUAUCUAAGUGAAAAUAAUCAAUUUGAAAUAAAAAAUAUAUAUAAUUGAAUAUAAGCAGUAGGCACUGUAUAAUUUUAUAUUUUUGUAGUUCACUAAUUUAAGUAUUGACAAUACUCUUUAGUUACCCUAUCUUAAGACGGAAAAUAUAUAUUUUUCAAGGGUUACCGGUAGUACGCGCUGAAUGUUUUGUAAAUCGUAUAAAUAUUGAACAACUUUUUGUAAGUAAUGUAUCUACAUGUAAUUUAAGAUAUUUUUGUAGAAAUAUAAAAAAUACUUCUGA